ACCCAUGUAAAAUAGUUAUGCAAAUACAAUAUAACUAAUAUGGAUCUGCAAUCAUCGAGUUUUAUUCAUUUACUCUGAUGCUGAUACGAGUCAAAUCAAACAAGCAAAGCAGGGUAGGAAUGUGCUGUUGAGAUCGACAUCAUUUAGCAGAUGUGUACGUUAUGCAAAACUAAAAAUUGUCUUAAUGUUUUGUUCAAUAUCCAACACUUUUUUUUGUUUGAAGUAAAUGUAAAAUUAUUUUACUCAUACAUAGGGCUGGAAAUUAACCUCGCCCACUCGCCUGAGCUGAGUAAUAUUGACGAUGCCUGGUUACAAAAAAAAAAUACCAGUCGACUGGGUAGUGUGAAAAAAAAAUGCACGUCGUACUAUUUAACUUACAGUAACGCAAACCAGUCAACUACUACCCACUUUAAAACCGCUUCCCAUCAGAUUCCCUGAUAUUAGAUUGCAUGUAUUCUGUCUUUUAAAAUGGGUUGCAGUGUCGGCAAGCUACUGACUGGCGUUACUUACCAGUUAAAAAUAGGCAAAUAAACAACAUACUUGUUAUAGCGCAACGAGUGCUCAAUAAAUUAUUAACCACAGUUAAUUUUGUUACAGUUUGAAACUUUUUGUGCUCGUUACACCCUGUCCCGGAAAAAACAACAACCGGAAGUUGUUAGUCAUCAAUACCCCAUUCAUCUAUUCACGCCAAAGCAGACAGACUGCGAAUAGGUGAGUUACUGUUUAUCGUAAAGUGCAGUUUUGGGGAGAUUGAAGAAUCGCUAAAAGUGUGAGUAAUAGGUGAGCAUGCAGGCCUCGAUUGUAACAGCAUAAUUGUCAUGUGUAUCUAACGUGAUUCCGCAAUAUAACAUCACUAAUGUGAAGUUCUGGCUUUUCCAGAUCACGUAGGUGCAUAGCAUGCAGAGUCUUUCGCGAGUGUGCGUUUAUCACACCGCAGCAUCGCGUUUCAGCAUCGAAAAUUAACGAAUUUUAUUAACAUUCAUACCUUUUCUUUAUUAAUGCCAAUCUUUUUUGUAGAGAUGUAUCAAUUCCUGCUCGGGAUGGUGGUCUUUUAUUAUCUCUAUCGCUGGUAUAAGGAAAAGAAAAGAGUGUCAGAUGAAUGGGAGAAGUACGUGUACAUCACGGGCUGCGACUCCGGCUUCGGCAGACUGUUAGCCAGGCGCCUGGACGCGCUCGGCUUCUGUGUGAUCGCGUCCUGCAUAACGGAAAAGGGCGAAGAGGACCUAAAAAAAGACUGUUCAGCUACACUGACCACCGUGCACCUCGAUGUCACCAAGACUGAUAGCGUGACUAAAGCGGCCGAACUGAUCAAAACCAAAGUUGGGGAAAAAGGCUUGUGGGGUUUGGUGAACAAUGCAGGGGUGUCCGUGCCUUGUGGACCCUGUGACUGGCUGACUAUCGAAGACUACAAAUCUCUGCUGGACGUUAACUUGAACGGAGUGAUCGCCGUGACCCUCAGCGUGCUCCCCCUCAUUAAGAAAGCGAGGGGGCGCAUAGUGAAUGUGGCCAGUGUGCUUGGUCGGAUUAGUUUACAGGGUGGACCGUAUUCCAUUUCCAAAUUUGGAGUAGAGGCCUUCAAUGACAGUAUUAGGAGAGAGAUGAUUCAUUUUGGAGUCAAAGUCAUAUGCAUAGAACCAGGGUUUUUUAGAACCAAUAUGAGUAGCAGUGAUGUUAUUCAAAGGCAAUUUGAAAAACUUUGGGCCAAAUUGCCUGAGGAAAUCAGAGAGGAUUAUGGGAAUGAUUACAUUGACAAAGUGUUCCGCCAAAAGCCGGUUCUGGAAAAAAUGCUAGAUGACGAUCUGAUGAAGGUGGUGUCCUGCAUGGAGCACGCCCUCUGCGCUGUGUGUCCGCGCACCCGCUACUCCGCCGGCUGGGACUCCAAGUUCCUGUGGCUGCCUCUGUCCUACAUGCCAUCCUUUAUCUCUGAUUAUCUGCUCGUCAGAAAAGGAGCUAAACCAGCAAAAUCUGUGAUAUAGUCUAUUUCUGCUUAGUAUGGGAACAACGUAUUGCUAUGGUGAACUUAUCUAUCACUACCUAACAUAGGCGAACCUUAACAUAAUACAUACAUUCAUUGCCGAGUGUGCUAAUCACAUGAAUUAAACUUUUAAUUUGAAAGUAGUAUUGAUGUUUCAGAUUUUUAUGUAGUUUUUUAAAGUUUUAUGACUCUCAUAUAAUCGGGAAAUAACAUUGCAAAGCCUGAAUUAGAAAUAAAAAUUUAGUUCGUCCAAGUAAGUGAUAUUAAGCAGAUGUUCUUUGGGUCUUACUUUGGUUUAGUGUAUUUUAAUAUGUUAAAAGUAUAGUAAGUGUUUUAAUGUUGUUAUACUUGUGCUUCUCCAGGUGUUUGUUUGUCUGAUGUUUAAUUUUCAUUCCUCUUAAUAGGUUACUGUGGUUUGGCUUCUAGCUGCCUUAAUGACUGGACUAUUCAGAUUUUUACUUGACUCUGUAAAUAAAUAUAGAGCCUGAUACUCGGAAGAGUUAACUUGAA